GUGAGAACAUAUUAGCUGUAUGAUUUCCCCAUGCGGCAAUAUCCCACGGUCGAUCUUCAUCAAGUCCGUCAACACGAUCAAAGCUGAACCCCAGAUUCAGAUCUUGCCCGUUUCUAAAAUUAUCAAGAUCGCGUCGUAACACGACGGGUGCGUGGGGUUCAUCUUGAUAGACUGAGCCUCGUAGGCUAUGAACAUGACCAGUUGUCCACGAGGCCUGUCCGCAUUCAAGUCGUCUCAGGAUUGACGUGCUGUAUAGCUGACAGCUGACAGCUGCCGGUGUUAUGUUUCAGACCGCAUGCAACAGCCCAUCAUGUCUAUAAAACCAGGUCAAUACCCUGACCGGAGGCUUAUCAUCAUCCCACUCAGUCCACUGCCAUCCAUCCAUACCAUCCACCAUGAAGCUCACCACCGAGCUCCUAUACUCCCUCUGCCUCGCCGGCAGUGCAUUGGCAGCCCCCCGCAGCGGUCUCGCUGAGCGCAUUCAAGCCCGCACUCUCGAUCGCCAAACCCAUCCCCUCCAGCCCAUCGCCCCGAACGAGGAAUACAGAACCCUCGCCAACAUCCAAUACAGCAACAACUGGGCCGGCGCAGUGCGCACCUCACCACCCCCCGAAGGCGCCUACACCGAAGUCUCCGCCUCCUUCGUCGUCCCCGAACCCAAAGCCAUCGCCAACAGCGAAGGCACGCAAGCCGCCUCCGCCUGGGUCGGCAUCGACGGCGACACCUACACGGCCGCCAUCCUCCAAACGGGAGUGGACUUCUACAUCGAUAACGGCAAGCCCGUCUACCACGCCUGGUACGAGUGGUUUCCCGAGAAGGCGUAUGAUUUCGACCUCGUCGUCAACCCCGGCGACGUGAUCUUCACCUCCGUCCAAUCCUUCUCACCCAGCGAGGGCAUCGCCAUCGUCGAGAACCUCUCCACCGGCCAGAAAGCGUCGCAGACAAUCAGCGCGCCAAACGGGGACGCCACCCUUGCCGGCCAGAAUGCGGACUGGAUCGUCGAGGACUUUCAAUCCGGCGGGACGUUGGUGAAUCUGGUUGAUUUUGGGACGGUGAGUUUCUCGGGUGCGGGGGCGACGGCGGGUGGUGCGAGAUUCGGUGUGAAAGAUGCGGGUAUUAUUGAGUUGAAACAGGGCGAUAAGGUGUUGACUGAUGUGGAGAUUCUGAGUGAUUCCGACUUGGAUGUUAGCUUUACGGGAUGAUCUGUACAGGUUGAUAUCGCUUUCUGCUUACUAUACAAUGCCUAAUAAAUAUAAUAUCAGUCACACUCCACGGGGUACUCUGAAUACCAAGACUAUCUAUUAU